AGGCGAGUUUCGGCAUCCAAAAUCUUCCUCCUCUCUUCUUUCUGAGCUUUCUAAGCUUAAGGCUGAUGAAAACCCUCGUGGCUUUUCUGCUUGUGGCCUCGAUUAUUGCAGCAACAAGCCAUGGCGCAGACGAAGAACCUUACCAAAUCUUCCCUCUCCGGCUGAAACCCGGGUCCGGCGCUGAAGGCGCCACCGUGCAGGGCAUAACCUGCGCGAGCUGGAGGCUGGCGGUGGAAGCCCACAACAUCAUUGAGUGGAAAACGGUGCCGGCGGAGUGCGAAAACUACGUCGGUAACUACAUGCUGGGUCAACACUACAGAGACGACUCCAAAGCAGUUAACAGAGAAGCUUACUUCUACGUUCGCUCUCUAGCUCUCCCUAAAGAUGGCAGAAACAUCUGGAUCUUUGACAUUGACGAGACUACCCUCUCCAAUCUUCCCUACUACGCUCAAAACGGAUUCGGCGUGGAGCCAUACAACUCGACGAAGUUCAACGCGUGGGUGGAGAAAGGAGAAGCACUGGCAUUACCAGAAACGCAGAAACUCUACAACAAGUUGAUCAAUCUGGGCAUCAAGAUUGUGUUCCUUACUGGAAGACCCACCACUCAGACCGAAGUUACUGCUUCAAACCUCAAGAAAGUUGGCUAUCACACCUGGCACAAGUUGAUCCUCAAGAACACGACGGAGUACUCGGGAUCGACGGCGGUGGCGUACAAAUCGGCGGAGAGGAAGAAGCUGGUGAAGAGUGGGUACAGAAUCGUGGGAAACACGGGAGACCAGUGGAGUGACAUUCUGGGAAGUUAUACGGGCAGACGGACCUUCAAGUUACCCGACCCGCUCUAUUACAUUAGUUGAGAGCCGGCGUCGUUAUGAGAUCAAUCGGAGUCCACACAUCAGUUUGGAGUACUCCGCCGGAGAGAGAAAGGAGUUGUAGCGAGUGACUCUUUCUAUCAGUAGCCAAGAGACUCCUGUCCCCUAUCUGCUUGUCCUUUUGUCUCUUCCAAAAUAAAAUGUAUUAUUCCAAAUUGAUCUGUGUCAACUGUGAACUGUCUCAUUCGGUACGUAAGAAAUAAUAAAAGCCUCCAUCUCUAUGAACUA